AUGGAUUUCAUGGAACUCCCGAGCACAGAGACCAGUGCAGGGUAUGUGCUUGUAGCGGUGGACUAUUUCUCGCGCUUCAUCUGGGUCUGGGUAGCACGUCACGCGGAUGCAAUCCGUGUAGUGGCGGGACUGCAGGACCUAGCGACGAAGUGGAGGCGUCCACGCCGAGUCAUCACUGACAACGGCAGCCACUUUAAAAACAAGCUGGUCCGAGAUGCGUGCGAUCAGCUGGGGGUGGUGUCAACUCACACACCCGAAUAUGCUCCGUGGGUCAAUGGGCUUGUAGAGCGCCAGAACGGAUUGCUUGUGACCCAGUUGAGGAAAGGCUGCAUGGAAAAAGGUAUCCCUACAACUCGCUGGACGGCUGUGUUAGCGGAUGCAGUCAGAAUCAUCAACCAACGCCCCAUAUUAGCACUUGGAUACUCACCAUCGGAACUCAUGUUUGGGGUGUGCCCGUCAGCCAACCAUCUAGAACUGGAGGACAUGACCACUCAGGCAGAAAGCCCAGAGGCGAUCUCUCUGCCAUUUGCGCUUCUGGAAUCAAUGCGAGACUCGGCCACCAUGCGCCACUUGCAGACAAGAUGGAGAAAGGCACCCAAAGGAGCGCCGUCGGUUGGGACAACAUUUGUCAAGGGAGAUUUGGUAAUGGCUAGGAAGCCACCCCAAGCAAACAAACUCGCAACGACCUGGUCAGGCCUGUUCAGAAUCUCAUCGUGCCAGAGGACCGGGCGCACUGCAAAGCUUGAAUCGUUACUGGGGGCGGCGGUUAGAGGCAGAUUUCAUUUCAACAGACUGAAGAGAUUCCACCCUGCCAAACCUUGGGACAAUACAAUGGAAGGGUUCGAGAGCGCAGGAGAAGAGAUGGUCAAGAAUACGGCGAAUCAAAGCAGAAGCCUGUUUGCCCUGACGCAGAACAGCAGCGAGAGAAUCGAGACCGAAGAGGAAGAAGUAUUCCGUGCAAUUCAGAACCUUCUGGAGGAGAAGGCAUGA